UAGGACACAACUACAAAAUCGGCGACAUUUUCUACCCCACGGCUUGUGACGUUUGCACAUGCAUGACCCCUGACCCCAGUAAGCCUUAUGGUGGCGCCAAGUGCCAGCGACAGAGUUGUCCCCCCGUAGAGAACUGCCAAGAAAUCAGACAGGAUGAAACCAAAUGUUGCGAGUACUGCGCAGAUCCAGCACCAGUGAAGCCAGACUUGUAUAAGGAGCCCACGUUCUUAAACUGCCCUAAGCUGCUCGUCAUCGUCGAUGUCGCUCAAGACAAGAACAGGCGCGUCUGCCCCAGGAACUAACCGCACGUGAUCACAAGGGCGUUGCCCUCGAGGUCCGAAUGUCCAAGACACGGUUCGUAGCCGGCAUUGGAGAGCAGAACUUCGACACCGUCAUCGCAACGUCGUCCCGGGACUACAGAGGGAACUACGCCCGGUGCGAGUUCCAUGUCAGGAUCAGAGACGUACACGCGCCCAACUUUACCUACUGCCCGACGGACGUGUUCCUCACCGAGGAGGGACAAGCCACGUGGGUAAUGCCCAAAGCUGUGGACAACGUCGGCCUGGUCCGUCCACCAACCUCCCGCCAUAAGUCCGGAGACGUCUUCAAGAAGGGAGAGCACCCUAUUGUCUUUGUCUCCGAAGACUACGAAGGGAACAUCGCCCGUUGCCACUUCUUUGUCAAGGUCACUGAAACCGCCCCGCUCAUCAACCAACACCAUGACCGAGACGUCAGGGAAAAACAUGCCAUGUAUAUCGGAAGUGGCAUAGCACUCCUCCUCCUCCUUGUUGUCAUCGUCAUCGUCAUCUUGCUGUGUUGUCGCCGACGUAACCGGGAGCCUGAACCCACAGCUGCUGCCCCGCCACCGCCAGCCUACGAGAACGCCAUCUACACGCUAGGGGGAAUGGCCAUGCCCCCUGCCUACAAGGAGAAGCCCCCAGUGUACGCGAACGAAGCCAUCCCGGAGAAGAAAGAGAAAGCGAUGCUAGAGGAAGAUUACACCCCUCUGGACACCGGUGACCUGGAGGUUAGACUGGGCAUCGACAACCCGUCUUACCGGAUGUAGGUGGCGCAACUCUGGUUGACCCCCAAAGUUGACUUCCGUCUCUAUUUGUACACCGACGGACUUUAUGAUAUUCUGCUGAUAUUAUGUAACAUUUCUUCAUGUCUGCCGCGCCCUUCCCCUACUCCACCACAUACAUGGAACAUGUCUUUGACGCCCAUCCCAAAACAAACUUUGACCCCCGACCCAAACCACAUUCAUGAAAUAUUACUUUGACCCUCAAAUACCUAUAAAUUUAUCGCUAUAGGGCCCCUAAAUAAUGUAAAUAAAAAUAUUACUCAUUCGCUUUGUCAUUUUUCAUGACAAUACCAAUUCCCAACCCCGUCUCAAUUUCAACCACACCCACCUCCCACCCACUUGACUUGUAAAUCUCAAGUUUCGUAGGUCACCACUUACAGGCCCUUGUCAGCCUGGUGCAAUUACUGCUUAAUGACUUCGGAUGUUCUUUCCUGUAUCUAUCGUCAUUAGAUCAGAAUUACAAGAAUCUGUUCAGAUUCUCCUAUGAAGCACUGCAUCGCAAUUUUACACCUUUCGAUUUGAUACCAUAUACUCAUAAUCAUGCAUUUAUUUUUGUUUUGUUUUAUUCUGAAUUUAAAUAUAACAUUCACGAGGUUUUACAAUUAAUGAUGAUUAUAUUUAUCACGAAACCAAAAAAUGUAAUUCUGAUUGCAAAAUCACGAGUCUAAACUAACCAGAGGUGCGUGUUGAACACAAACUGGUUAUCAACGUGUUGGCUGGGCCACAUGGAGGACUUUCAGGCAUAAUAUGUUUGACACGAAUCGUGAUGUGGCGUACGUAUUUUUAUAUGUAUCGAUAUGUAGAAAUAUCGUAUACUGCUUUUUAAGUUUGUAUUAUUGUCGCUAUUCCUAUAACACGCCUACAGCAGUAUCACGUUCAGCUUGGAGGAUUUGAGAAAAAACACGAGGCAUCCAAGAGUGCUGUCCCUUUAGUCUCGGUGCACCAGGACUCUCUUACUUGAGGAGUAAUUAUGCUCUUAUGCAACCAUUUUCUGAUGACAAAUGUCUUUCAAAUGCUCGGAUUUCCGUGAUAUAAGAGGUAUAUCACUGCCUACAAUGGUAUAUCCGAGAUUAUUUUCGUUGCGUCUCUUUGACAACGAGGCUAAGUAGAACAGCAGGCUAUUUUUAUAAUAAUGUUUUAUAAGACGUGUUGCAAAUAGAUCGCUAUGCUUUUACGUGCAAUUUUUCUUCACUGUAUCAAAUGAGAUGAAACAGAAUGUAUUGAAAUGCAAAUUUCACGAGCUAUCUGUGAUCUGUAUGCAACUCAAGUACUUCAAGGUUUCCUUGAUCGUAUUCCAACUGUUAACGAUAAACCGGACUAUUAAUACAACGUAAAUGUCCCUAAAUGUCCUUCAAUACAACCUCUGAGCAUAUAUGCCAUGUCCGGAGCCGGGACAACGUUAGAACUGGGUACUGUUUUCUAUAGACAUAUUGUAUUAACCCUUGACGAAGCUAUGCAUGUUAGUUUGAAAUCCUUAAAUUUUAUGUUAACAUUACACAUUCCGUUGUUUGUUGGCGAUAAUGUUUGUUGGGAUUAGGAUAAAUAAACUGAAAUAAAACCGGAAACCAAUUAAAACCA